CACUUCCCUCUCUUCCCAUUCCAUAGCAGCUAAUGAUGCUGCAGAUGGUGCAGCCUCCGUUGGCCAUGGUAUUUGAAGCAACUGUGUGGAGUGGAAUUCUCUACCAACCCACACUGGACAUAUAGGAUGAGCGAAAAAAAAAAAAGUGUUAAGCCACUGAGAUCCCAGAAUUCUUCUGUUACACAGCAUGUCUAAACUUAUCCCAGUUAAUACCUUCUUCACUAGAAGGUAAGCUCCAAGAGGCCAGGGACUUAGCCUGAAUCCUUAGUGCCUGGUGUAAGAUGAGUAAGCAAUACUUAUUUAUGGAAUAAAUGGAUAUGCCAGGCACAAGAAGGUGAAGUUGCUGAGCAUGAAUUAUUCUAAUAAAAGAUGAAUCAAGAAAUGAAAAACUGAUCCCAGAGCCUGGGACUGAAACCACUUGGCCACAUUCCUACUAAUUAACCACCAUCUAAGUAAUCCAGACCCAGCUGUUCCAAGAAUUUGACAUCAAUAAUCUCUUGAAAGCUUUAUAAGAAGCGCAGUUUGUGAUGGAAAAUUCUAAAGGUUACACUUUGCUAAUCCUGGAGAACAAAUUCUCAUGGUCUUAAGCCAAUCAUAGAAAUUUUCUUUCCUCUCAGAGACAGAUUUGGAUCUGUACAUGGGACCUAAUUCUAGCCAACAGAACUUGAGGAGAGAUCUGACGGGAGGAUUUGGGGAAUGGCAUUAACUUUAUGAAAUGAAAAGACACCUGCUCCUUGGAAGGAAAGCUAUGACAAACCUAGACAGCAUAUUAGAAAGUGGAUACAUCACUUUGCCAACAAAGGUCUGUCUAGUCAAGGCUAUGGUUUUUCCAGUGGUCAUGUAUGGGUGUGAGAGUUGGACUAUAAAGAAAUCUGAGCGCCAAAGAAUUGAUGCUUUUGAACUGUGGUGUUGGAGAAGACUCUUGAGAGUCCCUUGGACUGCGAAGAGAUCAAACCAGUUAAUCCUAAAGAAAUCAACCCUGGAUAUUCAUUGGAAGGACUGAUGCUGAAGCUCCAAUUGUUUGGCCGCCUGAUGCAAAGAGCCGACUCAUUGGAAAAGACCUUGAUGCUGGGAAUGAUUGAGGGCAGGAGGAGAUGGGGAUGACAGAGGAUGAGAUGGUUGGAUAGCAUCACCAACUGAAUGGACAUGGGUUUGAACAAACCCCAGGAGAUAGUGAAGAACAGGGAUGCCUGGUAUGCUGCAGUUCAUGGGGUCACAAAGAGUUGGACACGACUUCGUGACUGAAUAACAACAACAACAUUAACUUUAUGAUUGGCAACCCACUCCAGUAUUCUUGCCUGGAGAAUCCCAUGGACAGAGGAGCCUGGCGGGCUACAGUCCCCAGGGUCACAAAGAGUCAGACACGACUUAGUGACUUAACACAGCAUAGCACAUAAAAGAACACUCCUUGUAGUAGAUAUUGCUGAUGGCCAUUUACUAAAUGUUUCCUGGACAUAGCAGAAUUUCAUUUCCUGUGUUGGGAAAUGCUGGUGCCAUGUAAUCAUUUCUGGCCAAUGGUGUGUGAGCGAAUGACAUGUGUCACUGAAGGCUAGAGCAUUUAAUUAUGGGUAUGAAAUAGUACAGAGCUAUCUUUUUUCCUUCUCUGGCAUAAAACUGGAGAUGUUUGCGAUGGCUGUUGCUCAAUCAUCCUGUGUGCCUGAAUGAUUAUAAUGUCAACUCACAAGGGACAUGGAGCAUGAAUGAGAAGUAAAUUUGUGUGAUUGUAAGUCAUUGAGAUUUAGGUGAAGUAUUAUAAUAGCAAAUAGCCUAUCUGGAGUGAUAACAGAAAUUAGAAUCAAGAGUGGGGUGCUGAUGUAAUAAAAAAUAAAAACACAUGCCACUGACUUAGAUACUAAGCAAAGGGAGCAAGAAAACUUAUUUGAAACCAGAAGGAUGGAGAGAUACUCUGGGAAGCAGAUAACAUACUUAUUGAUACGUGCAGCUUUAGGGGAAGCAGUUGAAAUGCAGGACCCUAGAAGUGAAUGUUGACCAAAGUUGGCCCCAAAUUGGGAAGACCUUUGAGAGGCAAACUCCAAUUAGAACCUGGCUUUUGUCAAAGAUAAAAAUCAAGGAUUAGUACCAAUUAAAUCAUUAUUAACCAUUGUUGUGUUGAACUUCCUUCAUAGCUCAGUUGGUAAAGAAUCCACCUGCAGUGCAGGAGACCAUGGUUCGGUUCCUGGGUCAGGAAGAUCCACUGGAGAAGGGAUAGGCUACCCAUUCCAAUAUUCUUGGGCUUCCCUUUUGGCUCAACUGGUAAAGAAUCCACCUGCAGUGAGGGAGACCUGGGUUUGAUCACUAGGUUGGGAAGAUCCCCUGGAGAAUGAAAAGUCUACCCACUCCAGUAUUCUGGCCUGGAGAAUUCCAUCGACUGUAUAGUCCAUGGGGUCGCAAAGAGUCGGACACAAUGAGCGACUUUUGCUUUCACUUUUCACUUUCAACCAUUGUUACUAUCUGUAAAUAAAUUGAGGUACUCCCAGGAAACAUGUGGGAUAGUCUGAGGUAGACAAAAUGGGUUAGAAUCUGGCUUUCGCUGGAUGCCUGAUAGAGUCUAAGUUACAUGCAGUGAGGUGAGGAACAUCCUGAACAGAACACAUGGAGUUGACUUGAGACUUGUAAGAAUUCUUCGGUCCCACACUUUGGGACACAGAAAAUAGGCUGAGAAACUCAUGUGCCAAGGAGGGCACGUCUUCCAGCGCCACCUGAGAUGUACCCGAGGAGGAUAAUGGAAAAGGGGAUAACUCCUGGAGAGUGAAGACAUAAGCCACAGUGAACAAAGAUUUGGGAAGUUCCCCACCCUCAAGGAGCUGUGGGUGCAUGCUCAGUCGCUUCAGUCAUGUCUGACUCUUUGCAACCCCUUGGACUGUAGCCCGCCAGGCUCCUCUGUCCGUGGGAUUCUUCAGGCAAGAAGACUGGAGUGGGUUGCCAUGUCCUCCUUCAGGGGAUCUUCCCCACCCAGGGAUCAAACUGAUGUCUCCUGCAUUUCAGACAGAUUCUUUACUGCUGAGCCACCAGGGAAGCCCCUCAAGGAAUUGAUUUGGUGCUAAUUAAGGAACCCUCCCAAUUUACGAAACAGGAAACCAGUGAUUUCUCAAUUAUGCAUUUUGACCCAUUCCAUCAUUGUCUAUUGAGUGAGUAGGUGAAGGAUAAAUAAUUUGACUUUUUAGUUCACUUGUUCUGAUAUAGGUUCACUCAUGUUUCGCCCAGAUCUUGUGGUCAUUUUAGUUUUUGACUCUAAGGUAUUUGAUGACGUGAACUGAAUUGGAGUCCUGGAAGUGCAGUGGGUCAGGGUCCAUUCCACUGCCCAGGGAUGAUGCCUGAGUUCCGUGGGUGACUUCACAAUGCCCCCGUGGUUCCCAGCUUCCUUCUGUAGUCUGUAUGUAGAUAGCCAUGCUGACCACCUUGUGGCUGCUUAGCCUUUUUCUCCCUGUUCUGUGUGCCCAGCUAUUAGUCACCUGUGCCUAUAAGAGUCUCUGCCAGCAGGCCCUGCUCUCGGGCAAUGAUGUUGUCCUGCAGUGUGACCAUCUCAAGGCAUCCUGGUACUUUUCCUCCUUUCAGGGGGAAGAUCCCUUUUUGGUCUCCUCACUGCCUAACAUAAAGAAACUGCCUGGGGGCAGCCUCCAACUGAACAAACCUCAGCCCUCCCAGACAGGCCUCUAUCGCUGUGAGGACAGUAACACAGCCCUUGUGGUAGAAUAUGAGAUAGAUUUCCAAGAUGUCACCACGCUACAUAUUACCCACAAAGGACUAGGCCAAAACCAUCUGCAGAAUCAGAGCCUGAGUUUGGGUAGACAGGAGAUCAUCUUCACCCACUGGGAGCCCUGGCAGGACUGUAACCGCUGUGGGGUGCCAGGUGAACGCAAACGCCUGGGGUACUGCUACAUCCAAGAGUCCCUGGAAAACCCGAUGCCCUGCUGGCUCUAUCUAGGAGAUGUGAGGCUGUGGUCCAGCCGCUUGAGGCCUGAGAUGCAGGUGGAAGCCUGCCUUGUACCCUGCAACCAGAGCAAGGAGAUCAUCCAGCCGUUCUUCACCUUUGACAUUUCCAAGUUGGGCCAGUCAACCAACAACAUGCAGCUCACCUGCCCCUUGGCGUCCAUCUACAGGUGACUGGACCCAGGCGUCAGCCCUGCCUUUGACCCCCACCCAGGCUUUGUUUCCUGUGUUCACCUCGGCCAGGGGUUACACUCCAGUAGAAAAGCAGGGUCUGUCUGCCAGCCCAUAAGCCUUCAAGGUCAAUCUGUGCAGGAAGGGAUCUCUUCACUGGCUUGUUCAGAUGUUCAUUCAUCAAGAAUCCCCAACUGCGACUUCUGAGCCACAUCCUAGGCAGGUGAUGUUGGGGACACAGUGGUGACCAACAAAGACCUAAUCCCUGCCCUCAUAGGCACCUGUUAUUCAUGGGUAGACCAAAUACAAAACCUAGAAACCAAGACAUUCUGGCCCAUGCUCAUGCCAACAUAGACUUUACUGUGAUUUCUGUCUCCUCACUAGACUCUGACUGAUACAAUUUGUCUAUCCAUCCUCACACCAAUGCUACAGUAACUUAAUUAUUAUACCUUUAUAAUAAGCCAUGAUAUCAGUAGUAUAGAUUUUUCAUCUUUGUUCUUCAAGAUUGUCUUGGUUAUUCUUUACUUUUUAUAAAAAAAAAAAAAUUGAAAUCAGCUUGUGGUUUCCAUCCAAAAGACGUCUUUUUUUUUUUUAAUUGGCACAUCAUUGAAUCUAAAGAUAAAAUCAAUAUAUUACAAUAUUUAGUCUUCCAAUCCAUGAACAUUGUAAACACUUCCAUUAUUU